UAUUCACAUAAAUAUAAAAUUAAAAAAAAAUUUAAAGAUGCAUUAGGAUAUGUUUGUAAGAAAGAUGAUAGGAUAGAAAAAGCAGCGAAGGUUGUUAACAAUGGCACUGUCAUCAUCAUCAUCACAACCGUUGCCAUUAACACUUCCUUCAAUUUCAUCUUCACAAUCACAUUCUCUUCCAACCUUUCGCUGUUAUCAUAACUCUCACUCCUUCCUUAGCAACGGAGCACAGUUCACGAAGCUUAGCAUCACUCAUCGCCGAACAUCAACCAUACUUUCUUCCGUCGUUGCCUCUGUUGGGAAUGAAGAUUCUGACCUACGUGUUUCCUCUACACAGCAACUGAAUGAUGAUGAUGAUGAUGUUGAGGAGGAUGAUGAUGAUGAUGAAGAAGAAGAACCAACCCCUCAAGACCUUGAAUAUAUUGCCCAAAUCAAAAGGGUUUUGGAGCUGCUUAAAAAAAACCGGGACAUGCUAUUCGGGGAGGUCAAACUAACCAUAAUGAUUGAGGAUCCCCGAGAUGUUGAGAGAAAAAGAUUACUCGGUAUUGAAGAUCUUGAUGGCCCAACACGAGAUGAUCUAGUUACCGCUUUGGAAGAAGUGAAUGAAGGGAAAAUUCCAAAGGAUAAAGUUGUUCUCCAGAUGCUUGCUGAGGAAAUGAAUGCAUGGCCUAAUUUAGAGGUUGAAAUAAAAAAGAAAAAGCCAAAAAAAUCUCUAUAUGCAAAAACCACUGACACUGGAAUCGAUCCUAAAGUGGUUGCAAAGAGACUAAACAUUGACUGGGAUGUGGCUGCUGAAAUUGAAGAUGUGGAUACAGACGAUGAAACAGAAGUGCCUUCGGUGUUGGGCUAUGGAGCACUAUACUUGGUUUCAGCUUUCCCUAUUAUUAUAGGAACUAGAACUAUGUGGAUAUCAAAUGAGUUUAGGUUUUAGUGCGAUGAAGUAAACCUCCGGUACGGCGGAGCAUGGGUGGAUCUACAAGUUAGCAUUCUAACACGUGAAUUUGUAUACUGUCUUAUAGUAUCGUAUAUGCAGUCGAAUCAUACUAUUGGAUACCCGUGAAUUUGUAUACUAUUGGAUGUGUGAUUUGACACCUCACUCACCGUCCAAUCAUAUUUAAUGGUGGAGACUUCUAUGAAUCAUCAA